AAAGAAUUAAGAUGGCUGCCAUUUUGUCAGAGAGGUUCCAGAUUAGAAUAAUCUGAGUAGGGCCAAAGAAAUCAGGUAAAACUUCGUUUAUAAAAAGAUAUGUAAAUUCCUUUGAAGACUCAAAUGCUUCUUCUCAAAUUCUAAACAACAGCAGCACAAUGAAUGAGAAGGCAUACUUGAAGAUAUGAAGGACUAAAGAUGGCAAAACCUUAGAGUUGGACAUCUGGGACACUUAUGAAGAUAUUGCAAGUCUGUCUUCGCUCUUCUCAAGGAACGCCAAGGGAUGAUUUAUAAUUUGAGAUCUUAGUGACCCUGGCACUUUUGAAGAAAUACCUGAAUGGGCUGAAAAAGUGAGAGCAACAAAUAAUCUGAUUGACUUCGAUAUCCCAAUCUUCCUCAUUGGAAAUAAAAGUGAUAUCCUUAAAGAUGGGGAACUUAAGAAAGCAGAAAAGGUAUGCCAGACUAUAUCAGAAGAGAAUAAGUUUGAAGAUUACUUCACAUGAAGUUCAUUGGAUAAUAUUAAUAUUGCAGAGGCUUUUAAAUAAGCUUCUCAAGCAUUUGGAAGCCAACAAUAUGCUUUCAGAAUCAAAAGAUAAUUGAAGCUUGAAGCUCAGUGGGGACACAAAGUUUCAUAAGACUCAGGUAAAUGAAAAGUGUGGAUGAAAAUGAUAAUUUGGUUG